GGCUGCCGGGGGGGCGGUCACGUGGGCACGCUGCUGUCUCCCCCUCUCCCGCCCGCCGCCAGCCCCCUCCUGCCGGCGCCCUCUGCGGGGCGGCCACGUGGAAGCCCGGGCGUAAUAGAAUAUAUGUGAAUUUUUGAACCAAAGAUGGCUCAGAAGAGGAGCUCAAGUGGGCGGUCAUUCCCAUUGCUGCUGAUGAUUAUCGUUGUGGCCUUUGUUCAUUUAACUGUCUGUCCUUUUACAAAAGUGGAGGAAAGCUUUAACCUACAAGCUAUCCAUGAUGUGGUGUACCACCAACUGGACUUGGAUAAGUAUGACCAUCAUGAAUUUCCUGGAGUUGUUCCAAGAACGUUCCUUGGACCAAUUUUUAUUGCUGCUCUGUCCAGCCCAGCUAUAUAUGUACUUUCUGUGCUAAGAAUGUCCAAGUUUUACUCCCAGCUGAUAGUCCGAGGAAGCUUGGGGCUCAGUGUGAUUUAUGCAUUAUGGAAGCUGCAGAAAGAAGUCAGAAAGCAGUUUGGAGCAACUACAUCAACCAUCUUCUGUCUCAUCACUGUUACUCAGUUUCAUUUGAUGUUUUACUGUACACGAACCCUCCCUAAUGUGUUUGCACUCCCUUUUGUGCUCUUGGCAUUGACAUUUUGGAUACAGCAAAAGCAAAGGCCAUUCAUUUGGUUCUCAGCUUUGGCAAUUAUAGUCUUCAGAUCAGAGCUCUGCAUAUUCUUAGGCCUCAUGCUUCUGGUGACAUUAUUAACUAAGAGAAUCUCCAUCUUCAAGUUGCUUUCACAUGCUGUUCCUGCUGGAAUUUUUUGGUUGGGGCUAACAGUUGCUGUGGAUUCUCUGUUUUGGAAGCAACUUGUGUGGCCUGAGGGGAAAGUGCUCUGGUAUAACACAAUUCUAAACAAAAGUUCCAACUGGGGAACCUCCCCCUUCUUGUGGUAUUUCUAUUCAGCCCUGCCUCGUGCUUUGGGAUGCAGCAUUAUAUUUGUACCUUUGGGUGUAGCAGAAAAGAGAACUCGGAUAUUACUUUUGCCAGCAUUGGGCUUUAUUUUCUUGUAUUCAUUUCUCCCACACAAAGAGCUGCGUUUUAUCAUCUAUACUUUCCCUGUGUUCAACAUAGUGGCUGCUAAAAUGUGCUCAAGAAUUCUGAAUAACUACCGGAAAUCCUGGCUGUACAAACUUGGAUCUUUCUUUGUUGUAACUCACCUUCUAGUUAAUGCUGCUUAUUCAGGAACAUCUUUAUAUGUUUCACAUUUCAAUUAUCCUGGAGGAGUGGCAAUUCAGAAGCUGCAUGAGUUGGUACCUUCAACAACAGGUAUGUAAAGCUGGUUUGAGUUU